AUGGUAAAGCUUCGUUUGAAACGAUGUGGUAGAAAGCAACGAGCCAUCUAUCGAAUCGUUGCAAUUGAUGUUCGAUCCCGAAGAGAAGGAAGAGAUCUUCGGAAAGUGGGUUUUUACGAUCCGAUAAAGAAUCAAACUUAUUUAAAUGUUCCCGCUAUUCUAUAUUUCCUUGAAAAAGGCGCUCAACCUACAGGAACAGUUCAUGAUAUUUCAAAGAAGGCAGAGGUAUUUAAAGAACUUCGCGUUAAUCAAACGAAAUAA